CGUGAGCUUAUCGUAGUGGGUUCCGCAUGACGAUGCUGCGUCUGCUUGCUAUCCUUCUUCCUCUGUUCUCCUUAUCCCGGCUUGCUGUGGCUAGACUCCCAGACGGGCGUCUACACGCAAACUUGGCUCCUAGGCCUGCCGUUCCUCCUGUGGCUGCGCCUUCCAAUGCUGUGGUCCAUGCGACAACCGCGGCGACGAUCCCGCCAUACAACACGACGUAUAUCUUCGAGCAGCUGAUAGAUCAUACCAACCCCAGUUUAGGCAAGUUUCAACAACGGUACUGGCAUACAUGGGAAUUCUAUGAGUCCGGCGGGCCUAUCAUUUUGAUGACACCGGGAGAAGUGAAUGCGGACGGUUAUACCGGAUACCUCACGAACACGACCAUCAACGGCCAGAUCGCUCAGCAGCAAAAAGGCGCGACGAUCGUCCUCGAACAUCGUUUCUACGGGUUGUCAAACCCGUACAACAACUUGUCCGUCGCGAGUUUGAAAUUCCACACGAUUCAGCAGGCAAUUGACGACCUCGAGUACUUUGCCAAGAAUGUCAAGCUGCCUAUGCCUGGCGGAGACGCUGUGGCCCCUGGUCGUGCGCCAUGGGUAUUGAUCGGAGGCAGUUACUCAGGCGCGCUGACGAGUUGGACCAUGGUCAACAAACCUGGUGUGUUUUGGGCUGGGUACGCAUCCUCUGCUGUGGUGCAAGCCAUUCUCGACUACUGGGGGUACUUUGAGCCGAUUCGCCAGUUCAUGCCACAGAACUGCUCGGCCGAUGUCGAGGCCGUGAUUGCACACUUCGACCAAGUCUUCACGGACGGGACGCAAUCUCAAAUUAACGCCCUCAAAAACGAAUUCGGCAUGGGGGCGGUGACGCACCUUGACGAUGUCACUGGAGCAUUACGUAACAAUCUGUGGGACUGGCAAUCCUUGCAACCAUCUACGGGUCCGGGGGCUCAGUUUUUCCAAUUUUGUGAUGCCUUGGAGGUCAAGAACGGAGUCAAUGCACCUGCGAGCGGCUGGGGUACUGAUCACGCUGUCAGUGCUUGGGGUUCCUAUUUCAAAAACACCUAUCUUUCUAUCAUCUGUGGCGGGGAGGAUGCAGAAGAUUGCCUCAGCACCUACUUGACAAACCAGAGUUAUUGGACUGACAUUUCCGUUGACAAUGCCGACCGAUCUUGGAAUUGGAUAGUCUGUAAUGAAGUGGGCUUCCUGCAGGAUGCCGCACCAAUAAAUCAUCCCACCCUCGUCUCUCGCCUUGUCCAACCAGCGGGUGACGAGAGACAAUGUCAGCAAAUGUUCCCUGCUGCAUUCAGUUCACCACCUGUACCGGACGUCGAGAAAACAAAUAUUGCAUACGACGGGUGGAAUGUCACGAUUGAUCGCCUCUUUUUCGCAAACGGUCAACGUGACCCAUGGCGCGAGGCAACUGUCUCUGCUGACGGCGUGGACGUCCAAAGCACUCCAAGCCAGCCAGUCGCGGUGGGCGAUGGUUACCACUGCUCCGACCUUCUGACGAGGAACGCGCCUGUGGACGCCACGAUCAAGAAGGUGCAAAGCGAGGGACUGGCGAGCAUGAAGGCAUGGUUAGCGGACUGGAUUCCUACUGGCUCCAAACGGGAGCUGGCCAGGGCUGCAUACAGAAGGAAGUAUCCUGUAAAGAGAGAUGAGUAGAAUUUGACUCCCUCUGAUUAGUA